AUACUCGGAUGAUACAGAAUGACGGAAUUUCAUUGGUCAGUUAGACUGAAAUUGAUGUUUUUCAACAGAAAAUAGUCGUUGACUUCGCCUGCAUGAGAAGGGAAAUUACUAGCAUUGACAGGAAAUUGCAAGCUGGUGGAGGGAAAUUGGGUGAAGAUCUGUGAACAUUGGUGGCGCUGGUCAUCUUUUGAGCAGACGAGGAGAGGAAAGAGACUUUGCUCCCCUCCCCCUAAAGAUGGCUACUAUGACCGAUGGACUGAAACAUCAAGUGGUCGAAUAUUUUGGCAGUCACCCUAAUCAAGAUAUUCGGACCAUUGAUUUAUGCCGUGCGAUGAGACAGCCCAAAAAAUUAGUGAAUAGCGUAUUGUAUAAGUUGCAAAAGGAGGGCAUCCUCCGAAAGGUUGUGGAGUCUCCCCCAACUUGGAGGCAAGAAGGACAUUGCUACCAAAGAUGCUAUUCUCAAAAGAACCAGAAUUAUUCAGAGGAAAAUGAUGGUCCUUCAGACAAUAAUCAAGAGAAGUUUCAAGAUCAUCACAUUGAAGCUGGUCAUUCUUGGAAUAAUUCUAAUUCUUAUCAUAGCCAUCCAUUGGACACAUUUACUGUUAUUUUAGACUUGCUUCGCAAUCAUGGUCCAGUAUCAGCUAAAGAUAUAAGUAGCAGACUAGGUAUAUCCGAAUUAGUUAUAAAAUCUGUCUUAGUUCAACUCUUACAACAAGGUUUGGUUGGAAGAGAGGAAAGAAACCCACCCUUAUGGACGGCUGCCCAAAUUGAUGAAACUGUUAAAGAAAAUACCACUAGCAGGAUUUUAGUGAAUGCUGUAGCAGAAGCAAUUGUAAAACAUCUUGCAGACUCUCAAAUUCCAGUGAAUAGUUCUGACAUUGCUGAAACACUUGGAUUUCGCAGUAAGAAGGAGAUUAAUCCAAUAUUGUACAGGUUACAAAAAAAAGGUAUUGUUAGGAAAGUUAAUGAUGUUCCACCCCUUUGGUGUGUAAGUGAAGAAUUUCAACAACAAAAUGAAACCCAAGGUGCUGACAUGUCCCAAUCACUUAAUCAGUUAAGUAUUGAAGCUACUAACUCUUUAAUGAGAAAUAUAACAAUUCCACCUCAUUUUGCUUCAAGACUCGGAAUCUCUCUCUGUAAUUCUGUAAAUACAAGCAUGAUGCGGAUGUCUUCACAGGCACAACCAUUUUCAUCACUGCCAAGAACUGAAUAUGUACCUCCACUGAAUAGGCCACAAUCUGGAAUAUCUCAACAAGGUUACAAUUUUGUAAAUGACCGUGAUCAGUCUUAUUGUAAAAUUGAAUCUGCUGAAUCUACAAAUACAGUUUAUGGUAAUGAGGCAACAGGCACUGAAAAUAAUGAAACUACUGGUUUAAGGAAAAAUCCUCUUAGCAUAUUUCAUGAAUAUGGUCAAAAGACACGCACAGAAACAAAAGUUGAAAUAGUAUGUUCUGAAGGACCAUCUCACAACCCAAGAUUUAAAGCAGUGGCACUUGUCGGAAAUACUGUUUUGGCUGAAGCCUGGGAUAAAACAAAAAAAGAUGCAAAAAAGCAUGCUGCUGAAUUAGCUUUGAAGAAACUUGAUGGACGAGAUGAAACGAAUAAAAACAAUUCGGUAAGAAAAUUUGUGGAUUAUAAUUUCUAGACUGUAUUCUUUGAA